AAAAAAAUAAGUCAUGAUUAUUUAAUAUAAAGUUAGUUGGGUACCUCAGUAACCCCUCAACCCUGUUACACCCCUCCACACUGCCCUAAGGGAGUGGAGGGUGUUAACGGGGUGUUCAUUAUAUGAUGUGAAAAAACGGAAGUGACCUCAUAGAAGUCGUCUGAACAACGUGGUGCAAAAACAGUCAAAUUCGCACCUUUUUAUGUUUCAGUCAUUUACACUGUGAUGUGUCAUCGUUGAGCCCGUCAUAAUUAUAGCAUGAUUGUAGAACUUUUACAGGGAUCUUCCAGCUAAAAUAGUUUCAUAUUUUAUCAGUUCAGUUAUUGUGAUCUCUGACAUUUCACAUUUUGGAUGUCUAAACGUGGGUGUGGUGUGAGGUCACGGGGUGGUGCAGUGGUUACCACUGUCACCUCACAGCAAAAAUCCCUGUGUCAGCCCUGUGAUGAAGUGGCGACUUGUCCAGGGUGUAUCCUGACUCUUGCCCCCGUAACCCUGAUAAGAAUAAGCGUUUACAGAUGUCAGGAUGUCUAAAUGAACUUCUGUCCCCUGUGUUACUGCAGCCACUAUCUUAUUCCAUAUUGCUUUUACUAACCCAGAGAGACCACUCUAUCAGACUUUUACACAAGUUUCUUUAACACAAUCAAGUUUAAAAUACAUUGCAGUCAAAGCUUUCAAAAUAUUCUGUUGACUUGUCACCAGGAUAAACAACCCAAACAAACAUGAUUUAAUGUACAGAGAGACAGUCAGAUGACAAUCUUCUUCUUGUGGGAAAUGAUGGUUAGCAUACGUGCUUUGUCAUGAUCUGGGAUGUGAACAUGAGUUCUUGGGUAGUUUCAUUCUGUGUAACAUGUGAACUUGCAUGUGCUCAUGGUUUACAGUCUUUCUACUCAGCAGUUUUAAAUUAGAAACAGAAAUGUGUCUAUCAACACUCUGUUUCCGCAUUAUCAGUAGACUAACUUCUGUCAGGACUGCUGUCGAAUUACUGGAGCCAAUACACAAUCAGAAUGCAAGUUUCUCUACUGAUCAUAGACACUCUGGAUGAGCUGGGUACUGAAGAGUUCAAGAGGUUUCGGUGGAACCUCACUCAGCCAGUGCUGGCCGGAUGUGAGCCCAUUCGUAAGGGCCACAUAGAGAAUGCAGACCGCCAAGACACUGUCAGUAAAAUGAUCGAGAGCUACGGUGAAGAAAUGGCUGUGAACGUUACUGCUGAAAUCCUGAAGCGGAUGAGCCACAACAACACUGCAUUGAAGCUAAAGAAAGCUUAUGCAGGGGGAUCCACAGCGGCACAAAACCCCCUACCUACACCUUCUUCCUCCUCUUCCUUGGAUUUGGCUCCAGCCGCUGGUGCCUCAGUUUGUGCCCAGGGUAAAAGUGUCAUCGUGGCACCCAACAUCCAAGGCACCAGCGCGGGUGUAUCUAUUAAUAUGAAUAUAAAUAACUGACUCUGUCAUUUGAUGUUGAUGUUGGUGGUUUUAUACCACAUUAAAACUUGAAGAAACCUCAUCACAAAUUGUGAUGAGGUUUCUUGACAUUCAUUUCCACAGAAAUUAAAAGAUUAGAUUUAAUUUGAAUAAAGGGGUAUUGUUCAAGGGUCAAGAGUAUAUCAAAGGUCUUGUUUCUACAGCCUUAUUUGGCCUGGUAUGAACUGUUGGCUACUGUAACAUUAUGUCACAUAUUUCUAUUGUUUUAAAACAAAAAGUAAGCGCAACAAAUCAGCAGGAAACGUUGCUUCCUCAUAUUUUGGAUCAGUUCUGUUUUUUUUUUCCUGUUUUCUUUUACUUUAUGUCAUUUUGUUUCUGAAUAAAUCUUCAUAAAUCUAGACAGCUUUACUUUUUAUCACUUCGAUUAUUGUUCUCAAAUAAAUCUGAUUUUUCACAGCAGCAGCAUUUUUUAGGGAAAGGCAUGGGUGAGAUUGGUGAGAACGUUAAAAAGAACUCAUAUCCAGUGAAGCAAUUGUUGAUUGCCUAUAUUCUUCUGUAACUGUGAUUUGUGGCUUCAGUUGAUGGUGACUUGGUGACUGGUCUUUAAUCAACAUUUUUAUAUAUCGACUCAGCCUUCCCCUCAGCUCUCCAGAGUGUUUUCACCUCUUUCAGCACAUUGUUUUGGUUUCAUCGCCCUCAACUUUACUGUUUUGUUUCACUCUUAUCAGCAAAGUUUCCAACCACAGCAGGCAGCUGUUUUCAGUGAAACAGAUCCAGAAAGUCAAUAUGGACUAGGCACCUGCCUGGCAGCCAAACUCAUUGUUGCCCUGGUGAACCUACUGGAGCAUUUAGUAUCUAAAGAGCCAGACUUUUCCCUCAGGAAAUGGUGGGGAGCAACACAUUGUUACAAGAGAGUAGAUGUUGAUGAUGAGAGGUGAAGAAACAGAACUCUGAAAAAAUGAAGCUAAUACAGUAUAUGUAUUAAAGUUCCACUUUUAAUUUGAAUAAAUAAUCAUCAUAAAAAUGCUUAGAAAA